AUGUCGUGUUCGCUGCUUGUAUACUGCACGGACCUUCCCCCCACCAGCAUCAUCAUCACCUUCCACAAUGAGGCACGCUCCACGCUGCUCAGAACCAUACGCAGUGUGUUAAACCGCACCCCUAUGCAUCUGAUCCAGGAAAUCAUAUUAGUGGAUGACUUCAGCAAUGACCCUGAAGACUGCAAGCAGCUAAUCAAACUGCCCAAGGUGAAGUGCUUGCGUAACAGUGAGAGGCAAGGUUUGGUCCGGUCCCGGAUGCGGGGUGCUGACAUUGCCCAAGGUACCACUCUGACAUUCCUGGACAGCCACUGUGAGGUGAACAGGGAUUGGCUGCAGCCCCUCUUACAUAGGGUCAAAGAGGACUACACAAGGGUAGUAUGCCCUGUGAUUGACAUCAUUAACCUGGAUACCUUCAACUACAUUGAAUCUGCCUCAGAGCUCAGAGGGGGGUUUGACUGGAGCCUCCACUUCCAGUGGGAGCAGCUGUCCCCAGAGCAGAAGGCUUUGCGCUUAGACCCUACGGAGCCCAUCCGGACUCCGAUCAUAGCUGGAGGGCUCUUCGUGAUUGACAAAGCCUGGUUCGAUUACCUGGGUAAAUAUGACAUCGACAUGGACAUCUGGGGUGGGGAGAACUUUGAAAUCUCCUUCCGAGUGUGGAUGUGUGGAGGCAGCCUGGAGAUCAUCCCCUGCAGCCGGGUGGGGCACGUCUUCAGGAAAAAGCAUCCCUAUGUUUUUCCUGAUGGAAAUGCCAACACAUACAUAAAGAACACCAAGCGGACAGCUGAAGUGUGGAUGGACGAAUACAAACAGUACUACUAUGCAGCCCGGCCUUUCGCCCUGGAGCGACCCUUUGGGAACAUUGAGAACAGGCUGAACCUGAGGAAGAAUCUCCACUGCCAGACCUUCAAGUGGUACCUGGAGACUGUCUACCCAGAACUCAGGGUACCCCCAGACUCCUCCAUCCAGAAGGGCAAUAUCCGGCAAAGGCAGAAAUGCCUUGAGUCUCAAAAGCAGAAAAACCAAGAGGCUCCACACCUCAGGCUAAGCCCCUGCAGCAAGGUCAAAGGAGAUGGAGCAAAGUCUCAGGUGUGGGCCUUCACAUACACCCAGCAGAUCAUCCAGGAAGAGCUGUGCCUGUCUGUUGUCACCCUGUUCCCCGGCGCCCCGGUAGUUCUUGUUCUGUGCAAGAAUGGGGAUGAAAGGCAGCAAUGGACCAAGACUGGUGCCCGCAUCGAGCACAUAGCAUCCCACCUCUGCCUGGACACAGACAUGUUUGGUGACAGCACCGAGGAUGGCAAGGAGGUGGUUGUCAACCCUUGUGAGUCAUCACUUAUGAGCCAGCACUGGGACAUUGUGAGCUCAUGAGACUCAUGGGCAGAUCCAGCUGUGGACCAAGGAUGAUGCUUCCCUGGACCAAACCAAAAUGGAACCCAGGCUGUAAACAGCCCAUGACUGCACCCGAUGCUCACGACUGGAGGUAGAGCAAAGGCCCCCAGGACAGGAGCAACUGUCUCAGGGAAGAUGGAGGAAAAGGUCGCAAACCAGCAGGGCUCAGCAACACCCACACAUGUGCAAUAUUGUGAAGGUCCAGUCCUGGCCAGACUUUCUGAUUGGAACCUGGAGAUGGAGAUCCGAUGAGAAGUGUUUGUUGAACCCUUUCUUACAAAACAAGGCUCUUUCUGGAGGCCAGAAAGGAAAGCUGUCCUUGUCACUGUGCGAGGACUACUUGGAAAGAUGCAGAAUGGAGAUGCUUUUCAGAACAAAUAAAGUUAACAUUGGAACUUGU